AUUUCGUGUCGAAGGUGUUCUGUUGUCUGCUACUGUUUUGAUCCUAAGACUCGGAAGGAGUGUGCAGUCUUAUUUAUACCGUUUAUACGUCUAUCAAUUGAUUUUCUAAAACAGUACAACUUAUUUCCCAAUAUGCUAAUUUAGGGAACAGUAGCGUUUGAAUAUCUGCGCGUCUACUAGAAUUUCAUUCAUUCAAAUACGACCGAUUGCCGUUUUAUACCUUCUGAGCGAAGAUUUGACAACAGAUAAUGGACUGGAAUAUCGUAUGUGGGAGUCCUUCUCUAAUCUUGUGGUCCAACGGCAAUAUCGGGAAAUGCUUUGGUCAAUUAGCUUUCACCCUACCAUCCAGUGUGAUAUUAACUGCAGUUUCGUCCUACUAUUUGGGGAAAGAGUACAACUGGGUCAUUCGGGACAGACUGCAAAAUACUGUCCUCUCUCUAAGAGCAUUCAUUUGCCUCUUUUUAGCUUUUAUUCCAUUAUCAAAUAUUAUAAUCAAAUGUUACUUCAAAGAAAAUCUGUUUAUGGUCGAUUACUUGGUCAGUUUUGUUACAACGUUUAGUUGGCUUUGCCACAUGUUGUACAUCAUCAUCUUGAAACAGAGAGUCUCUAGAAGUCUUCGUGGGCCUCUCUCUUCCCUUGCUGCGUGGAUGCUCACUGUGAUUCCAUGCGCUUUCCAGAUGAGGGAAGACUUUUAUGAAUUUGAUGCCAAGACGAUAGAAAGCACAGAGUUUUGGCUGAACAUAUCCUAUACUUCUCUUCAGUUCUUCUACUUGCUCACUUUGAUUCCAUAUGGCAUGGCCAACGUCACCGGUUUCGACCGGUCGUUUCAAUCUCUGGCCGACGAGAACCUCAAUCAACGGCGACUGCUACAUUACAACCGUUUCGACAUUGAUUACGAUCGAUUCUAUUUGGGUAUCGCUCGGGAGGGUGUCACUUUCCUCUCGCGUCUCUUCAUGUCCUGGGUGCAACCUCUAAUGAAAAAAGGAAGUCGUAAACAGCUGAAUUCUCCAGACGAUUUGUUUGAUCUGCCCCGCAAAACUACGUCGCAAAUAGUGGCGCCUCGAUUCGAACGUCAAAUGAACGAAACCAAAUCGGUCGUCAAGUCCCUCCACGAAAGUUUCGGUUCGUCUUUCUAUCUGCUGGGCUUGCUCAAAUUCACUGGAGAUGCCUUAGGAUUUGUUGGACCUUUAGUCCUCUCAGCCCUAGUCCAGUUCAUCGACAACAAAACAGAACCCAUGAUAUUUGGUUACUUCUGUGCAGCAGCCCUUUGCAUAGCCUCUUUUACCGCGGCUCUGUGUAACGUUCACUUCAACUUUAAAGUCAGCGAAAUUUCUCUCCGGAUGCGAAUCGCCCUCAUUUCAACCAUUUACAAUAAAACACUUCGAGUCAGCUCUGCAGAUUUGUCUAAAUUUAGCUCUGGAGAAAUUGUCAACAUGAUGAGUACUGACACGGACCGUAUAAUUAACUUUUGUCCGAGUUUUCAUGCGUUUUGGAGUCUUCCUCUACAGGUGGGUGUUACACUGUAUUUACUAUACUCCCAAGUUGGCCUGGCUUUUCUCGCUGGGUUGACUUUUGCUGUGAUGUUGAUUCCUAUUAACCGCUGGAUUGCUGUUAAAGUAGGUAAAUAUAGCGGGGAAAUGAUGGCUGCUAAAGACAAACGAGUCAGACUCAUGAACGAAUUGCUGGGCGGUAUCCGUGUUGUCAAAUUCUACGCGUGGGAAAAGCAUUUUCGACGUCGGAUCAAGCAGCUUCGAGCCGAUGAGCUCAAGGCACUCAAAGCCCGAAAGUAUUUAGACGCCCUUUGCGUCUACUUCUGGGCCACGACGCCGGUUCUGGUGGCCAUUUUGACCUUCGCCACAUUCGUCUUGAUGGGUGGCACUUUGACUUCAGCCAAAGUUUUCACUUGCAUGGCCUUAUUCAACAUGCUAAUCAGUCCCCUCAAUGCCUUCCCGUGGGUCAUUGGUGGACUAGUUGAAGCCUGGGUUUCGUUAAAACGGGUCCGCAAAUUAAUUCAACUGCCCAAUAUGGAUUCCGGAUCAUACUACAGUGCAAAGCGAUUGGAGCCGGAUGCCCAGGCUACGUUGAUUAUGGAACAGGCUGAAUUUGCAUGGCAAUCGGCUGAUGAAAACUUCCGAUUGACCGACUUGAAUGUGAGAAUACCCAAAGGGCAAUUUGUUGGCGUCAUUGGUCGAGUGGGUAGCGGCAAAAGUUCGUUUUUGCAAGCCAUCACUGGAAAUUUGAUCAAGAAAAGUGGCAGCAUCUACGUCCGUAAUUGGCAAGAAGGAAUGGCGAUUGUGACUCAGGAACCUUGGAUACAACACGGUACCAUUCGGGAAAACAUUUUGUUUGGGAAACCGUACGAUGCUGGCAAGUACCGAAUCGUUCUGGAAGUUUGCGCCCUGAAUGCCGAUUUGCGGAUGUUGACCGAAGGUGAUCAAACGGAAAUUGGUGACAACGGUGUCACGCUCAGUGGUGGGCAGAAAGCACGCGUUGCUUUGGCAAGAGCCGUUUAUCAGGAUAAGGGUUUUUAUUUGAUGGACGAUGUGCUUUCAGCAGUCGAUUCUCAAGUGGCCAGACACUUGGUAGAUUCUUUGAUGGUGGAUUACCUCCGAAAUAAAACCCGGAUCCUGUGCACACAUCACGCCCAAUUUUUGCAGUCAGCUGACUGGGUUCUCGUUUUUGAAAACGGUCAAUUAAUUUCCCAGGGCCCACCUUCGAAAGUUUUAUCAUCUUAUAUGGAUGGAUCGACCAAAGAUGGACGACCAAUGAACUCUACUUCAUCCGUAUUGGACGAAAGAGAAGCGCCUAUCCCCAUUGAAGAGGAACGGUGUACCGGCCGAGUCGAAUUGAAUAUUAUUUCAACCUACUGGAAAGCCGUUGGCAUUUACGUCUCACCCAUCGUCCUGGCCAUGCUGCUGUUCAUGCAGUCGACAAGAAAUGUAUCCGAUUGGUGGCUGGCCCAUUGGGUUUCGGAACUGCAGAACGAAACGAUCAACGGAACGUUAGUAGAAGCAGAAGAUGAUUACGAUCCUACCUUCUACCUGGCCGUCUAUGGAGGAAUCGCUGCAGCCAACACGAUUUUCACCUUCCUCCGGGCAUUCCUGUUUGCCUACGGAGGACUGAAAGCCGCCACGUUUCUACACAGUCGCCUAGUUGACAUUGUACUGCGGGCCAAAAUGGUCUUCUUCGAUACUACACCCGUCGGAAGAAUCCUCAAUCGACUCUCAUCCGACGUUUACGCCAUCGACGAAUCGCUUCCUUUCGUUCUCAACAUCUUCCUAGCUCAAGUUUUUGGUCUUGUCGGUACUAUUGUCGUCACCUGUGUUGGAAUCCCUUGGAUAUCCUUGUUGCUAUUACCACUCGGCUUCAUUUAUUUCAAUCUGCAACACUAUUACCGACACACUUCCCGAGAAUUGAAGCGACUGUCCACCGUUACCCUGUCGCCUAUUUAUUCCCGUUUCGCCGAGACUCUCAGUGGGUUGGUAACGAUCCGCGCUACCGAUAAUUCAGCGAAACGUUUCGCUCAAGAGAAUCUGGACAUGGUGGAAGACAACGUCAAAACUCAAUUCGCCAGCCAAGCCGCUGCCAAUUGGCUGGGUUUACGUUUGCAGUUGAUUGGAGUGGCUAUGGUGACGGGCGUCGGAAUCUUUGCCGUCGUUCAGCAUCACCUGCACACGGUCGAUCCUGGUCUGGUGGGACUGGCCAUUUCCUACGCCUUGUCCGUCACCAGUGUUCUUUCUGGGGUCGUGAUGUCAUUUGUUGAAACUGAGAAGGAAAUGGUCAGUGUGGAGCGCGUCCACAAUUACAUCCAACGGCUUCCAGUAGAGACUUCCGCAACUUCUAGGGUUUCUCUACCUGUGUCCUGGCCGACUGAAGGUCGCAUCGUUUUCCAGCGAGUGUCGAUGAGGUACAGGGAACAUUUUCCACUGGCUGUCAGAGACGUCAGUUUCGAGAUCCGGCCAUCGGAGAAAGUCGGAAUUGUUGGCAGAACCGGAUCGGGUAAAACUACCCUUUUCCAAAUUCUCUUCCGGUUAGUAGACAUCUGUUCCGGCGAUGUGCUCAUCGAUGGUGUCAAUGUCCAGUCACUUAGCCUUUCUGAUUUGAGGUCUCGACUAGCCAUCAUUCCCCAAGAUCCGUUCAUUUUUAGCGGAACAGUGCGUGAAAAUUUAGACCCGAUUGGUCAGUACUCGGAUCGACAACUGUGGAAAUCGUUAGAGCGUUGCCAUUUACGGGAAACGGUAGCCAGGUGGCCAAUCGGGUUGUCCACCGACGUUCAAGAACGUGGCAGAUUGUUUUCGGUGGGGCAGAAACAAUUACUUUGCCUAGCUCGGGCUCUGUUACUCAAUUCUCAGGUGAUAUGCAUAGACGAAGCGACUGCCAGUGUGGAUGCAGAGACAGAUCGUUUAAUCCAGAAAACGAUACGUUCGGCAUUCCGUCAUUCCACAGUGUUGACCAUAGCUCACCGAUUGGAAACGAUCAUGGACUCUGAUCGAGUGGCCGUGAUGAGUGCUGGGCAAUUGGUUGAAUUUGAUUCCCCGUCUAAGCUGCUGGAAAAUCCAGUUUCUCAUUUUUCUCAGCUGGUCAACGGCUGAAAGUUUCGUCCGCUCUUCCACAUUACGUAAUGAAUCAAUUUAAAGUGAAAUUAUCAAAAUAAUUGUUAACAUUUUGGGUAUUUUUUUUUCGAAUCUUUUUCCGAAUCCACCAAAAAUUCUCUUUACAUUUUUUUUAUCGUGCAAAUCAUGAGCUCUUACAAAAGGCAAUUAGUAAAAUAAGGUGUAAUAGAAAACUAGUCUCUGUCGGAUGGAUGUUGAAGUAUUUUCAAUUGAUAGAAGCCAUUCAAUUCCCUCUCUUUGUUGAUGAAUAAAUCAUGUAAAUCGUAUAGUUCGAGUGUUAACGUUUCCAA